GAGAGAGAGAGAGAGAGAGGUUUUGUGCAAGCCUAUCAGCUACUUUCAACUCGAUUCUCUCAUUUUGCAACCAGAGAAACCAAAUGGGGGAGGAACAGAAGAAACUAGAGGAAAAGAAUCCGGAGGAAAAGAAACCAGAGGAAGGGAAAAAACCAGGGGAAGAGAAAAGAGAAGACCCAAAAUCCGAAAAACCAAGCGACGGAAAGGGAGAAGAGAAAAAAGGAGAGGAACCCAAGGAUGGAAAAGAUUCCAAAGACCCACCACCUCCUCCUCCUCCUCCUCAAGAGAUUGUUCUCAGAGUCUUCAUGCAUUGCGAAGGUUGCGCCAGAAAAGUCCGUCGAUGCCUCAAAGGGUUCGAAGGAGUUGAGGAUGUUGAGACGGAUUGCAAGACGCAUAAGGUCGUUGUGAAGGGAGAAAAGGCAGAUCCAUUGAAGGUACUUGAGAGAGUACAGAAAAAGAGUCACCGACAGGUUGAGCUUCUCACUCCGAUCCCGAAACCGCCGGCCGACGAACCCAAAAAAGUUGAAGAGAAAGAAAUUGCCAAACCCGAACAAAAAACAGAGGAGCCUCAGGUGAUUACAGCGGUUUUGAAAGUCCACAUGCAUUGUGAGGCUUGUUCGCAAGUAAUCAAGAAACGUAUAGAAAGAAUGAAAGGUGUUGAGAGUGCAGAGCCAGAUCUAAAGAGCUCACAAGUGACAGUGAAAGGGGCGUUGGAGCCACAAAAUCUGGUGGAAUACAUACACAAGAGAACAGGGAAGCAGGCAGUGAUUGUGAAG